AUGCCCGCCCCUCACGACUUCUCGCCAGUCCACCAUGUCCGCCACCACUCCAACCAAUCCAACCGGCUCAGCGCCGUCUUGGAACCCAUGCAACACCUCAGUCUCGUCCAUCCCAGACCGCCGACCUCCGACCACCACGCCCCAUUCCCCAUCGCCUCCAACCCAGGCUCGCCUCUCCGCCGUCUCUCCCGGCCCCAAAGCCCGAUCAACCUGCCCUCCCUGAGACUCUCUGCCCCCGCAAUCGCCCUCCCCCCUCCUCCUCCCCACAACCACAACAGCAACCAUCAUCCGGCGGACGACACCGAGAUGGUCGACGACGAUCCCCGGCCAUUGGAGCGCUCCCAGUCGUCCCCCUCACUGUCCACCGCCCCCGAGCGCUGGGCGAGCUACCAGCGCCAGAAGCACCGCUCGAGGAUCGAGAGCCAGGAGGCCGGCAGUGCCGAGCGUCUGCCGACACCGGUCCAGCGGAACUCGAGCUUCUCCUCGCUCGCCUCAUCCUCCUUCGACCAUCUCGCCCCCCUGCAUCUCCAGCCCUCCGCCACGCCGAGCACCGCCCCGAGCAGCCUCACCGAGCCCGACCCGCUCUGCCACCGUCGCGGCCGGCUAGAGCUCAUCCUGAACGGGGACACCCCCGUGCAUCACCACCACCACCACCACCACCACCACCACCACCCUCAUCAUCAGGCCAUCCAAGCCCCGCAAGAUCCUCGGAGGACAUUGCCGCCCCUCUCGUCGCUCACCAAGUCCUGUGGACCGAUCAUGACCUUCCCCCUCACCGCCGCUUCCAGCAAGUCCCGCUCCGCCCCGCAGUCCCGCGUCAACAGUCCCCCGAGCUCGCCCCGCCUAGCGCCCCUCCCGCCCCUCGUCGCAGGCCCCAAUCUCAAACGCUCCCGCUCGAUGAACCACCACUACCCUCAUCCGCAAGCCGCAUGGGACCCCGUCGCCCCCACCUCCAGCGCCCCGCUCUUCCCGGGCGCCCCAGACGAACGCCCCUCGACCGUCGGCCGCGCCGCCUGCUUGGCCGCCAAGCGGCGAGACUCGAACACCAGUCUCCCGCGCCGCAAGAACCAGUUCGGCCUGCAGAUGACGCCCAUCGAGCAUGCCGUCCCGCCGCCGUCGAUCGCCCACAGUCGGGCCCCGUUCCGCAGCCCGGGCUCGUCGACCGGCCUGUGCGGGAGCUCGACGGGCAGCUUCUUCGACAGCUAUCUGCCCCGGCCUGCCCGGAGCCGCUCCGACAGCUUCUGCAGCCUCGAGUCCGGCUACUGCUCCUCCGGCCUCCCCCCCUCCCACGGCGUGCCCACCGACGACGACGACGAGGACGAGCUCCGGAUCGACGACGCCGGCGAGACCGACAUCGAGGACGCCGCUAUCCUCAUCCGUCCCCGCAAGAAACUCGGCAAACUUCGCCCAAGGACGCCGGGGACGCCCGUCCGGCCUACGGAAGACCACCGGCCGGCCCCCGCCCCUGUUCCGCUCCAGCCCCGCCUUCCCGCUCCUCUCGCCCCCGACACCUUCCAUCUUCGCGCCGCCCUGGCCCCGGCCCCUCCUGCGCCUCUCCACCAACCCACCGUCAUCGAAUAA